GGAGUGUCUGCAGAGGCUGCGCGAACUGGGAACUGCUUUCGAUUGUUGGCGGGCGCCGCCAUCUUGGUCAGUGAGCUUGCGAGUGGCUGUACGACGAGGUGUACGUAUUUCGGUGAAACGAGUAUUUCGAGCGAUUUCCCUGAAACCUUUCGUCUGCCCGUGAAAUCUACAAGCAUCCAAGAUGUCAGAACGGGAAGACAACGUUUAUAAAGCGAAAUUGGCCGAGCAAGCAGAGCGUUAUGACGAAAUGGUUGAGGCGAUGAAGAAGGUCGCUUCGUUGGACCUGGAGCUGACUGUCGAAGAGAGGAACCUCCUUUCUGUCGCCUACAAAAACGUAAUCGGAGCGAGGAGAGCCUCCUGGAGAAUAAUCUCGAACAUUGAACAAAAGGAGGAGAACAAGGGCGCAGAGGGCAAACUCGAAAUGAUACGUCAGUACCGAUCCCAAGUAGAGAAAGAACUGAAAGACAUCUGUGCCGAUAUACUCGGAGUCCUGGAUAAACAUCUGAUUCCGUACGCUUCCACGGGCGAAUCAAAAGUCUUCUAUUACAAAAUGAAGGGCGAUUAUCAUCGUUACUUGGCCGAAUUUGCAAUUGGUAACGACAGGAAGGAAGCGGCAGAAAACUCGCUGGUAGCUUACAAAGCGGCCAGCGACACUGCUAUGACAGACUUGCCGCCGACUCAUCCCAUCCGCUUAGGAUUGGCGCUAAACUUCUCCGUGUUCUAUUAUGAGAUACUCAACAGCCCAGACAGAGCGUGUCGUCUAGCGAAGGCAGCCUUUGACGACGCAAUCGCGGAAUUAGACACUUUAUCUGAGGAUAGUUACAAGGAUUCUACCCUUAUCAUGCAACUCCUCAGGGACAAUCUGACUCUGUGGACGUCGGAUAUGCAAGGAGAUGGGGAGGGCGAACAGAAGGAGCAGCUGCAAGAUGCGGAAGAUCAGGACGUAUCGUAACUCUAACUGUAGUGAGUGUUACAUUGCGUAUAUAAAACUGAGACACAGAAGAAAACAAAAAACUCUUUAUAACUCGUAAGCAACAGAAAACAACUCAGCAGGUGGCAGUUCGGGGUGGGAUGGGGAGAUCUUUAGCAAUUGCGUGACCCUAAGCAUGCACGUACGGCUAUUCCAAACAAAAAUCAAUCGAUAAAACACAUCUAAUUACGGAGCACGCGGAAAGUAACAAGCAGAGGAUGCGCACCCUGCGGUAAUAGAGAGACUGCAAAAAAAAAAAGCAUUUAGAGAGGCGCUGUCUUCGCCUUUUUCGAGUAUCGAGAAGAAAAAAAUGCUGUCAUCACACCUGUGUAUGCCCGGUAAAAAGAGAAAGAGUUGCACGGACGAUGUCGAAAACGCGUUGUGUGGGCGUCGACUGACAGGGCGUACAUGUCACUCAUAGCAAUGAAAACAAAAAGGGAAAAAAAGAAGAAAUGAAGUAUGCCCUCAGUCUGUUGAGACGAUCCCCACGCUUUCAUCGGUUUCAGUGAGUGAGAACGAAUUAACAAUGUGUCCUAUAUGUUUCACGAACAGCGAAACAUUCUGAUACUUGACGUCGAUUGAAGUGCAUUAUUAUGUUCGUUUGUUUUCACCUGCUCCCUAUUCCCAUACAAAUCAAUUUCCUUCUCCUCCUCCUCCAUCUCCUCCUCUUCCUCCUCCUCCUCCUCCUCCUCCUCCUUGUCGUCGUCCUCUUCGUCCUUUUCCCCGCUUUUUUACUGCGCGCACGAUCGCUCUCGGAUACUAUAUAAUAAAUAAGGACGUUAAUUGUAUGCGUGUAAAUCGACUGUAAAUCAUUCGUUUAUUCAAGAAUAAACGCGUCUCCUCGGAACGAAGAGACGUGGUUGCCUGUUCUGGCCAGCAACUAGAACUGUGAACCACGCGUCUUCGUCCCUGCUUUCUGUAUAAGAUAUUGCGAAUGUACUUCCGAACGAAGUCCGGAUUAAGUAAUUUCAUACAUAGUUCCAGCAUGGAUUCUCGUGUAGUCAUUUAAUGAAUUACGAAGAGAAAAUACGCUUACACAAAAGCGUCGUACUUAAAUGCAAUAACAUCAGUCGCAGAUCGAAAUUUUCUGUUAACACGAAAGAAAGAAAAGAGAACAUCAAAGUAAAUGGAACAACGUUGCCCCGCUUUCGACAAUGUCGGACGCAUCUUUUUCUUUUCAUCUUCACAUUAUUCUGCGACGAGAGCCGUAGUUAUUUCUCUCCCUUUUUUUUUUGAUCGACGAGAAACGUGCAAAAAAAAAUUAGAAAUGUGGUAGAUAAGCUUUUUAUUUUUUUUUAUAUAUAUAAAAAAAAAAAGAAAUAAUUCCGUUUCACGAUACACGACAAAAAAACACAAGUAGCUGUCUAGCUAGUCUGUAAUUGUGGUUGUACUUUUUCAUACGCCCCCAUUGUGUAAAACUAUAAACGAUCGCUGUGGUAUUACAAAUUACAGAAUAAACGAUUGUAUCCCGACUUUAUUCGUUCGCGCUCACUUUCGCUAAUUCACACUCCUCGAUUCCAUUGCGUCUCUUAGUUCGUAUCUGCCCGUGGUGUUCGUUCACAUUUUUGUCGAUUUCCGUUCUGAAACGUUCCAACAAGCAUUUAAGACGAUUUGUUCGUCAGUCCCACACGAAAUUCUCGUGAAGCAUGUUAAGGGGGGUAGGCUUAGCGACACAAUAUCAUCGAUCAUUUACUCGUCUAAGUAAAUAGUGACGGUAAGAAAUAAUAUCUGUGGUAGUUAACAAUUCCAAUCGCUUGAAAAUAUCAAUGUGUAUCUUUAAUGUAUGUAAUAUUUUGAACGUUAGCCCGUUUUCCUGCGAAGAAUGUCACGAAACAAAUUACCUGUGAGCUGAAGUUAAUUUUCCAAAUGGUAUCGUAGAAAUUUGAUAGGCACUACGUGUACUGACAGUAAAGUCGUUCGAGUCCUUCGGACACGCGCGGCUUUCCUAUAUACGACGGCGAUGAGGACGAUCUUGAUAAUUCGUAUACAGCGUGCAGCAAAAAAGCGAGGUGUGUAAUAUAUAUAUAAGGCGAAGGGAACGAGCAGAUAAUCGAGCUCUGCCUAGAAAAUCGGUGUGCAUCGUGCCCCUGUAUUUAGGUAUUAAUAACGAUAAAAAUUGAUAAUCAUGUUAUAAAGUACGUUUGAAAGAGUAACUCAAAGUAAUAUCAACGGCACCGUCAGUAAGUAUAUGCGAGUAAUUUUAAGACCGUAAAAUUAGGAGAAAUCGAUUGACGCGAAUCGUUUUUCGAACGAUAUCGUAACAGAAAAAGAAUAGUUUUUCGAAAUGUGUUUCGUCGAAGAGCGUGGAAGACAGAUCGGGAGGAAGGUAAUUAAACUGUGCGUAAGAAGAGAGAACAGAAGAACAUCGGGUAAACAUCGGCCGAGAUAUUAUCGUAGUAAAAGCGACAAGUGUUGAACAUUUAGGCACAAUAAAACUUGUCAGUGGCAACGAACGGUGUAGCGAAUUCCAAACGACGAUAAAAUUUCAGAUACCUCGUCCAAUUACUUGCUUACACAAUGAAUUAAAAACAAGAUGAACUAGCCAAAUGCGAUAACAUUACAAUCGUCUACAGCCUACAGUCUACAGUCUACUUACAAUACAUAUAGCGAGACUCAUAAGCAAACACAACAAUGAAAUUGUAGAGUGUUGCCGGCUAAAAUAAAAUCGUAAGUAGGCAUUACCACCCACCUGGGUUGUCCGUAGGAUUUGUUAAUGGCGAUAGAUGAUCGGUGUAUCGAUUGAGACUGCUUUUAAUCCUUUACCCAGUAUCGCUGUACGUGCUUAGUUGAUUUUUAUAUGUAUGAAAAAAAAACAUAAGGAAAAGAAAUCCCUGAUUAUUCCAUCUCUUACUAGAUGUGUAGUAUUUGCUCUUGUCUAUUUCUCUAUCUUUCUCUCUCCCUCCCCCCAACUUUCUCUUUGUGUUAUAAACAUUAGUUGUAUCUGUAUUAUCUUGUCGCAAACCCACUUCAAGAGCGAUUAACUAGACCUGGAUAUCAAAGUUUAUCGUCAUUUGGAAGAAGGCUAAAUUUCUCUUUGAUUUUUUUCUUUCUUGGAUUCGCGUAUGCGUUCUCACAUUCUGUACUACUACAAUCAAUGCGAUUUCACUGGAUACGACCUUUUUCUGUAAAACCACAUACGUGAAAGCUACAAAUAAAGUAAUUACAACUCUUAUCUGUUUCUCUCUCGGAUCUUUAUUGUAUUAUUAAAUAUCAGUGCAUUAGUAAGGGAAUUAAAAUAUAUGUACAUACAUAAUGCGUUUAGGGCGUUUUCUUUGUAUCGCAAUAUUGUGUAUAGAGUGAGUAACCCAACAUCAGAAUCUGUAACAUGUUCUCAAUGUCUCAAUGACUGUCGAAGUCGGGUGUAAUUUCAAUAACACGCACUGAAUAACAAUCCUAAUGUAUGUUUUCCACAGAAUUUCAUAGAAUUCCAUAGAAUUAUAAAUUAAUGUACAUAAAAUAUAAUGGAGCACAAU